ACCUGCCUCUCUCAACAUGGCGCCCUCAGCCGGCCGAGUGACCCGGCCUGACGUCACUGAGCUGCUGACGCCGUCAGUCAGUUUCAGAGUGAAGUCUGCAGCAGCGGGACUGUCUGGGUCUCUUUUAUCAGUGUCAGAGCUCCGUUGAGUUCAGCAUGGCUUUAAGAAGCGCCGUGUGUCGCCUCGUCUUUAAGCCUCAGAGAUGUGCCUUCACUGCAGCAUUCAGAGCUCAGGGCACUGCAGCACCUGUACAGCGCGAAGCAGAGAAGGGUGGUGAGAAGAAGCAAGUCAAAGCACCUAAAGUGCAGUUUAACUGGCGUGAUGCUCUGGAUCUGGAGGGAUUGCUCACGGAAGAGGAGAUCAUGAUUCGAGACUCCUUCCGAACAUACUGCCAAGAAAAACUCAUGCCUCGCAUCCUGAUGGCCAACAGAAACGAAAUUUUCCACCGUGAGAUCCUGAAUGAGAUGGGUGAGAUGGGUGUUUUGGGCCCAACCAUUAAAGGCUAUGGCUGUGCUGGUACAAGUUAUGUGGCAUACGGGCUGAUAGCACGUGAAGUGGAGCGAGUGGACAGUGGUUAUCGGUCAGUAAUGAGUGUACAGUCCUCUCUGGUCAUGCACCCUAUCAACGCUUAUGGCACAGAGCAACAGAAGGAGAAAUACCUCCCCAGACUGGCACGGGGAGAGCUUCUGGGAUGUUUUGGCCUGACUGAGCCCAACCACGGCAGUGACCCAGGCAGCAUGGAGACCAGAGCUAAGUACAACUCGUCCAGCCGCACCUUCACCCUCACUGGCUCCAAAACCUGGAUUACAAACUCUCCUGUGGCUGAUAUCUGUGUGGUGUGGGCCAAGUGUGAUGAUGGUAAAGUGCGUGGCUUCAUUCUGGAGCGGGGCAUGAAGGGUCUCAGCACACCCAAGAUUGAGGGAAAGUUCUCCCUGAGGGCUUCCUCCACAGGCAUGAUCAUCAUGGAUGAUGUGGAGGUGCCAGAGGAGAACCUGCUGCCCAAUGUGUCUGGCCUGGCGGGCCCAUUUGGCUGCUUGAAUAACGCUCGCUAUGGGAUUGCCUGGGGAGCACUGGGAGCGGCAGAGUUCUGCUUCCACGCAGCUCGUCAGUACACACUGGACAGGAUCCAGUUUGGGGUGCCACUGGCCAGGAACCAGCUAGUGCAGAAGAAAAUGGCUGACAUGCUGACAGAGAUCACCCUCGGCCUGCAGUCCUGCCUGCAGUUGGGCAGGCUUAUUGAUCAAAAGAAAGCAUCUCCAGAGAUGAUCUCCAUGCUUAAGAGAAAUAGCUGUGGGAAGGCUCUGGACAUUGCCAGACAGGCCAGAGACAUGCUGGGAGGCAACGGAAUUGCUGACGAGUACCACAUCAUCCGGCACGUCAUGAACCUAGAGUCAGUCAACACUUAUGAAGGUACCCAUGAUAUCCAUGCCCUAAUCCUGGGCAGAGCCAUCACAGGACUACAGGCCUUUACUGUGGAGAAAUAAAUUUCUGCUCCUGCUGCUUCAACAGGGCAGAAUGUGUACUAUAUAGAUUGCUGCUGGCUUUUACUUUGGUCCUAUGGUGAUCUAAGGUUACUGCAGUGGGUUUUCAUUGAACACUACCCCCCUACAAGUUUUUAACACUGAAAAUACUGUGCAGAAGUGAGGUUUAAAGACAGAGGGAAUCUCUGAUUAAUGUAAGUCAUUUGUAAGUUCAUCAUAUGUAAUUACUUUAAGUAGCCCUUAAUCUCAAAGCAAAGAACUAUUUUUCUACUCUGAAUAUGAUAAACCCCUUGGACUGUAGUUUCAUUUCAGGUUUUGUACAUAGAAUAAAAUGUACAUGUAAAGAUUGUACUCUCGGAGUGAGAGUAAGAACGGUGGUAUCUAAACAUUCAUAAGGACAGAGUAAAAUGUAAUACAAUAUUAAAAUAAAGGUCAAAUCUGUGAAUGUUUUGAGCCAAAGCUAAAUGUAACCAACUGAAACAAGCAUGUCAUUCUAGAGUCUGACACUAUUUUCAAUGUAGGUAAAUAAACAGUGAACUGAG